CAGGUAUUUCCUUUGGUUCCGAGUGCCAUGCCAUCUAACCAGCUGGCUGUCCUCCUGCUACACUCUGUGGAGGCAAGAGGUGGGGUGGGGGGCUGGGCUAGAGGCUCGUAGAGAGCAGCAUCACCUGAGGAGAGUGAUGCUGGUAGAUGGUAUCAGGUAGUAGGUUAGCAAUAAGGUGUGAGCAGUGAGGUUGCUUAAUGAAGACCAGGUGGUAUGAAAAAAAAAAAAAGAAGAAAAACACUGGGUAGAGGCACCAUGUGUGAGAGCAGCAACAAAUGGUGGAGAGCAGAAGUAGCACUGGAGAAGCAGGUGGUGUCAGUGGGUGUGAUUGUGUGUAAGGAAGAGAGAGGGACUAGUGACAGAUUUUUGUUUUUUUAUGUGUAGAUAAGAGCAAAGUGUGAGGAUUCAUGUUGUGGUUGCAGCUGCUGCUGUCAACCAGAUGGAAAACCUUUGGGAACUAAAGUGCUCCGAUGGGCGUGUGUGGGUGUAAAAAAAAUAAUACAGAAAAGACAAAAUAAUAUUGUGAAUUUCAAAAGAAAAUAAGCCUUUCUGCCUCUCAAUAAAAGUGUAUUAUAAGUGGAUGAAUGGGUGGGUCUAUCUUUAAAGAGAUGCUCUGGCUUUUCCCCUGGGAACUCAAUCCAACCUCUUAUCUUCAAUCCCCUUCUUUCCUCUUUUAAUCUCGAAGGAAGUUUUGCAACCUUGUUGAAAAUUACUUCCUGGACAGAGCCAAGAAAAAUCUCAGCAAAAUGAGUAAAAUUAUAUUAUGGAGGAGUUAAAUUUAAGUAAGAAUGUGAGACAGUAUGCUUAAUUCAUUGGAAAACACCUUCACCUAAGACAUAAUUAGAGGUGAAGUGAAGAGUGAAGACUUUUCAGAGGAAGAGGCAGCAUCACAUGGCUCAGGGAAUUCAUCCACAUUAAUUUCACUCUCUUACUUCUUUCCCUCCCCUCACCUUUUUCCUUCCUCCCCUCCUCUUUCAUCCCUCGCUUGCUGCUCACCAAGGGACAGUCUCGUAGCCGGUGUUUAGAAGGGAAGCGAGACAAAAGAGAGAAGUCAUGAAAGACGGGGAGAGAAUGAAAGGAGGUUCAAAAGAACAGAAGAUAAAAAAAUGGUUUACUCGUAAAUGGACGGCCAACGCUGGGGCCUGUUAUCCUAAGCAAGAUCCCGAGCGUGGCGGCAGUCACAUGAUCUCCACAGAUGACCUGGAGUAUCCACGAGAGUACAGGACGCUGGGGAACAGCGGCCGGCGUUUCUCCAAUGUUGGCUUGGUGCACACAUCUGAGCACCGCCACACUGUCAGCGCCGCACAGAGUCUGGAGGCCCUGACCAACUUGCAUAAGGCUGACAUGGAACGGAAGAGGGACGCCUUCAUGGAUCAUCUGAAGAGCAAAUACCAACAGCAGCAGCAACAGCAGCAGCAGCAGCAGCUGCAGCAUCCGCAUCACAGCCCCCACCACAACCCACCAUCACCCUCACCAUCCCAUGCCAGCAUGAGGGGCUCCUCGGAUCGGUCUGCUAGAGAACAGCAACAGCCCAACUACUGGAGCUUUAAGAGUCGCAGUCCACGCCAUUCCCAGUCCACCCAGUCCGGACUUGCGGACCAGGCAGCCAAGCUUUCCUUUGCCUCCGCCGAAUCCCUGGAGACCAUGUCAGAAGCUGACAUGCCCCUCGGGUUCAACAGGAUGAACCGAUUCCGCCAGAGCCUGCCACUGUCUCGUUCUGCCAGCCAGAAUAAGCUAAGAUCUCCAGAUGAAUUUUCAGGCGUGCUCUUCCUGCAGUAUGGAGAUGAGACACGUCGGGUUCACAUCACCCACGAGCUGAGCAGCAUGGACACGCUGCACGCUCUCAUCGUGCACAUGUUCCCUCAGAAGUUGACGGCGGGAAUGCUGAAGUCACCCAACACUGCGAUCCUAAUCAAAGACGAGGCCCGAAACGUCUUCUACGAGCUGGAGGACGUCCGGGAUAUUCAGGACCGUAGCAUCAUCAAGAUUUACCGCAAAGAACCCAUCUAUGCUUCUUACCCUGCGGCUGCACACCUGGCUAACGGAGACCUGCGGAGAGAAAUGGUUUACUCAUCUCGGGAAUCUUCCCCAACGCGCCGCCUCAACACUCUUCCUUCCUCUUCGACCUCGGCACCCUCUGGCUCUCCGUCCCGCUCUCGCCUCUCUUACAGCGGGGGGCGUACUCCUUCCUUCUCCGGAAACCAUCCUCAACACGAGCAGCCCAGACAUCCCCACCAUCCUCCAGGUGGCCAUGGUGCCAACAUGGGUCUGUCUCCAUCACCAAGUGCCAUCCUGGAGCGCCGUGAUGUCAAACCAGAUGAAGAAGUUUCUGCAAAAAAGCUGGCUCUGAUGAAAAAUGAGGCACUGUAUGCUGAUCCCUACAGUUUGAUGAAUGAGGGUCGCCUCAGCAUUGCCUCCACCCAGUCUUUGGCUGCCAUUGGAGACCCUUUCAGCUACCCUGUUACCACUGGCCUCUACCGGCGAGGGUCCGUACGCUCUCUUAGCACCUACUCUGCCGCUGCCCUUCAGGGAGACCUGGAGGACUCAUUCUACAAGCCUGGAGGUUCACUAUACUCGGACACGUACUCCUCUGCAACCCUGGGAAUGGGGUUCCGCAUGCCGCCCUCGUCCCCACAAAAAAUCCCUGACAUGCAGCUGAGGGACAGGGACUCGUAUUCCACUUCACCACGACCCUCGCCUGUCAGGCAGACUUUCCGGAAAGACUCUGCCUCCUCCUCUGUGUUUGUGGAAAGCCCGAAGUCGAGGCCCAGCUCCAGUUCAGAGCCUGGUUUUGGUCCUUCUUUAUCUGGACAAGACGCAGACACAAGCAGGGAUCACCGCCUGGAGCGUAUGGAGGCCAUGGAGAAGCAAAUAGCCAGCCUGACGGGCCUCGUGCAGAGUGUACUGACCAGGGCACCAGACAGCGACAGCACAUGCGGCCUACUGCGUCUCUGCAUGAUGGCGGGCUGCCCUCCAGACCAAGGGACGGAGUUUUCACGGCCAUUACCUUUCUCUUCCAGCGAGAAGACCGAAACUAACAGUGACGGCUCCGCCACUGGAACUGGACGUCAGAAGAAGAAAGCAGCCAACACGCCGUCAGCACCUUUAGCUCUGAUGCCACCACCGCCAUCUAACACAACCCCGGUGAACGGUGUGGGUCGCCUGCAGAUGAAACUCCAUCUGCACGGUCUGCAGCAAAAUGCCACCGACCUUCGCAAACAGCUCGGUCAGCUUCGCAAGAUACAGAUGGAGAACCAGGAUUCAGUGCGAACUCUGCUGAAACGGACAGAGGCUGAGCUAAACGUACGCGUAGCAGAUGCCUUGCGGAAGCAAGAAGAUCCUUUGCAGAGACAACGCCUCCUUGUGGAGGAGGAAAGACUCAAGUACCUCAACGAAGAAGAACUCAUCAUCCAGCAGCUCCAUGACCUGGAGAAAUCAGUGGAGGAGAUCCAGAAGGAGUCGUCUGUCAACCACAAGCUGGUGACAGUGCAGGAGUUGGAGGAGAAGGCUACAGUUCUGAGAAAGCUGGGAGAAACACUCACAGAGUUGAAAAAUCAAUUCCCGAGCCUGCAGAGCAAGAUGCGGGUGGUGUUGCGGGUGGAGGUGGAAGCUGUGAAAUUCCUCAAAGAAGAGCCGCACAGACUAGAUGCCUUGUUAAAACGCUGCAAGACUAUAACUGACACCCUCGCCACAAUGCGCAAGCAAGCAAAUGAAGGGGUUUGGAAAAAGCAGGACAACUUUUCUAGCCCCUCAUCAAAGCACAAUGACGACUUGCAAAAAUUUUCGAGUUUUGACAUUCCUACCAGUCCACCGCUAACUAUCAAUGACAUUGGAGGAGGUAACAGCCUGUCUAACUGGAGCCCUCACUCGAGCCUCAGCCGUGGUCUCGGAAACCCGUCCGGUCCUCAUAAGGACAAUCAUCCUCCUAUUCCUCACAAAGGCAAAGCCCUGGAGGAGCUGGAGCGGCGGGCUGCCGCUGACAAAGCUUUGUCAAUGGAAGUCCGACUGGCGGCAGAGCGGGACUGGGAGGAGAAGCGGGCCAGUCUUACACAGUACAGUGCUCAGGACAUCAACCGCCUGCUGGAGGAGACCCAGGCCGAGCUGAUGAAGGCUAUUCCAGACCUGGACUUUGCUGCCAAGCAGAUCAAGCCCUCUUCCAACACACCAUCAGCUCAGAACCCUCAGAGUGCGGCGUCAACAACAGAGCACCGCAGUAGCAAGCCACAAAACAAGCUUUCAGCAAAAGAGGGGGGUUCCAGGCGUGGCUCUGAUGAGCUGACAGUACCACGAUAUCGCACAGAAAAACCGUCUAAGUCUCCUCCUCCUCCUCCGCCUAGACGUAGUUUUCCCUCAUCUCCAGGAGUGACAUCUCGCAGUGGAGAGCCAUUAAUUCCUGGAAAAAGCAUAAAGAAAUCAGAAUCUGAAGAGAAUGACACUCAAAAGCCUCACAUAAAACUGAGGAGGACCAUGUCCGAAAACCCUCGCCCUGCAUCGACACCCCCAACGCUCGCCUCUGGAGAGAAGGAACAAGGAGAGGAGGAAAAGAUCGCUGCCGAGCUUGAGGGAAGGAACUUAUCUCCAGUCCCCCACAUCGUGUUGACAGAAUGCUUGCCAGACUCACUCACUACUGCAGAAAAUCCUGUCAGAGAUUUAGCAAAUUACCCUGUACAAAAUAAUCCAGCACCCAAUUUGUGCAAUCAACUUAUGGUCCACAAGAAUGUGCUUUCAAGGGGAAUAUCUUCAGAGGGAAGCGAACAUGUUCUCAAACAAGACCAAGAAAUCUCGCUGCUUCUGACAGACAUGGAGAUGAGAUGGGUGUCUCCUCACGAAGUUCAGGAACUGAAGAGGAUAGACCUUAAAACUCUAACUGUUUCAGCGCAGAAUAAGGACAUUUCUGAAGCACAGCUGAAUGAACGGCCUGUUCUUAUAGUUUUCAGGGGGGGAAAUACACUGAGAGAUACAUACAGACUGCUGUAUUCCCUUCUAGAGUCAUCCAAUCCAGUUCCUAAACCGAGAUUAAGAUCCUCCCACCAAAUCACCCAGCAACAAUCCCUAAUGGAGGCUCUAAGAAGAGGGAUUGAAACAGGGGAUGACGUGCUAAAGUUUCAGCAUGCUGAUGACGUCAGAAUACAGCAAAGUAAUUGUGAUUCUAAAGGAGGCUCACCAAGUCAGAGGAGGAUGACACAGGAGGUCCGAUUCAGCACCUACCAGAGGCUGGACAGUUUGGAGGAGACGAUUCGAGAGCUGGAGAACACCUUAAUAGAGAUCAGUAGCCAUCCUACGAGAGAGACGCUCUACACUGAGUCAACCACCAGAAGUAUUCCAGCACAGCACACUGGGAGUCUGAUGCCAGAGACCAGGAGGCCACCAGUUCCACCCAAACCAGCAUCAAUUCAGGGUGGGAAUAAUCCCAGCAUUGGUAAAAUUCAUUCCUCAGCUGCCUCAAAGCUGAAGCACCUGCAGCAAAAUAGCACAGAGAAGACUAAAAGUGGCAAGAAAGAGGACUUACAGAAGAUGCAGAGCCUGCAACAGCAGUGAGCGACCUGUCCCCUCGUCCAGCCUCUUCAGUCUCCUCCUCCUUUUCACGUGACUACAGAGAUGCACACUUAUCUGCCCACAUUACUUAACCAGCUCCUUUUACAUCUCUAGCAUUCAGUCCAAAGUUGUGCUUCUAGACGGGUGUGAGUGUGUGUUUGUUUGUGCAAGCACGCUUACUUGCACAGGUGUGUUUGAAUGCCCUGGUGACGGAAGGUGCUGCAGGGAACACUGCCCAGCCACGACCAAUUUUAGGACUUUUUAAAUUUUUCAUAAUUUCCCACUUCAACCCCCUGAAAACCUCAUCUCUCUGCGCUCCUCCUCCGCCCCCUCCUGUCUUCUGUGUCCCCGCUCUACUCCAAGGCCUUGGGGAUCAACCGCGCCGGAACCACUGAACCGUACCUGUCUGGACUGAAAGCGAGCAUUUUUUUAGCCCGAAUGCCUACUCCUGCAGCAGCUUUUGCACCUGGUUUGAGAAUGCCCCCCCAUGAGGGGACUUUGCCCUCCCUGACAGUCUCCUCCAGCCAAGCAAAGGCUCUCCUGGCGAGCCUGUCAGCCUCCGGCCUCUGCACCGAGGCCCUGCUCCUGUCCUCCGCUCUACGUCAACGCCGCCUUCUCCGGGAGCAGAGAGCAUCGUCUUCUCUUCCCAGCAGCCUGUCCUCCACCCCUACAUCCUCCUCUUCUCCCACAACCCCUACUCCAUCCCUGUCCCCUUCCUCUCCCACACCUCUUGGUUCCUUUACCUUCUCUUCUGGCGUUGUCAAACCCACCAGACGGAGACUUGACAGCCCCCAACAACUCGGCAACAGCAAGGAUGAUGACAACUCUUAGUAAUGAGUAAUAGGAGGAGGAGGACAUGGAAGAAUAUAAUUCUAAAAUUAUCUUGUCACCGAGCAAGAAUAGAUGCAUUUUUUUUUACAUGUAUUUCCUUUCAGGAUUCUGUUGUUGCAUAUUUUCUUCAUUUUUUUGUCUUACUAAUGUUGAAUGCACCAGACUCUGGAUGCUUCAUAAUCUCACUCCUUUUUCUUUUUUGGACAAGUUUCCUUCUCUCGUCUGGCUGCACGGUCUCCCACGCAGUCCUUUUGCCAGAUUCCCAAACAGAGUGCACACAAACAGGCCAGGCUUCGCUUUUCCACCAGCUGUCUGCUACAAGGUUGGUGUGGUUGGACGUGUUCUUAUAUAGUGGGCUGUUCGUGUUAUAGUUUCCAUAACUAGACUGUGUGUAUGAAAAUAGAGUCGCAAUAAUCACCAAGUGAGUCCAGUAGUUAUAUAUGUUUAGGAUAAUGUUGCUCUUUCUUACCUGCAUAACCUUGCAGAAUAAAUCUGCUGAGAAAAAAAAAAAAAAAAGACAGAUGUGAUGAACGUGGUUUUCAACUGUUUGGUGCAAAAAGGGCAUUCCUUUCUUUUCUUACAUCAACCAAGUUUUAGAUUUUAAAUCGGUGCUAUAUUUUCCCCUCUGUUAGUACUCACUGAGAGUUUACAUAAUUGUUCUCCCUCCUCUGCACAUUUCUUUGGGUUUCUAAUUUAAUGUUGCAGUUGAAAUUUUGUAUGUAUCUCUGCAAAUGAAACUCGUGCAUCUAUCAUUGUUAACAUUUCUAGCCUUUUUAAUCUGUUGGGAACAAGAAUAUUGCAGCAUUAUUCACAAAAGCACACUGUAACGAGCAGCCAUGGAUCUUCACAUUUCUGUUUGAUGUAAAGCAAGGAAACAAAGUUACACUGAAAGAAGGGGAAAUGCAAAGGAGGGUCUGUAUAACCAGUUUGGAUUUACUGUGUGUGCGGUGUAACUAGUUAAUUGACAAUCAGGAUGUUUUCACUGUAGCAUCUGACAGGUUGCCCAUCCCAAAGACUCAAGCACGCACUUGUAAAAGCUAAGCUGUACAGCACAGACACAAUGUAUGUGCAAUAGUUUUAUUUCAUUUUGUUAAUCUUUUACAAUGAUAUAUUCUAUGCUGCCCCUUGGAUGAAAUUGAUCACAGUGAUCAGAACAUUUCACCCAUAUAAAAUAGUUUCCCGUUGAUAUAGUUGCUUCAGGAUUAUCUGCUAAAAAGCACCCAUAUUUUAUCAUACAGGGGUUUGUACUUUGUCUUUGACUACAAUGAAGUGAUAGCACUUAAUUACAGUUUGAAAUCAGCACAUGUUUAGAAAUUAUGUAUUUCUUGGCGCUUGUGAGGGAAUCAGGGAAGAUUAUAAAAAUGUAAAGAAAGCACAGUUUCUUCUCAAAACACAAGACCCCUCUUUGUCAGCUUAGUUAUCAAAUAUGUUAGGAGGCUUUAAAAAGUUCAUUUACUAAAAAUGAGCGAAAUAGGAACGAUAUAACUUUACAAUUAUUUUCUUUCAUAAAAUAUGAAUGCCAGAGUCUUUCAAGCUAGCAUUUAGACACAAAAAAGGUCUGGAGAACCUUUUGCCAAGAACAUCGAUCUAGUGUACAUGUUAUUGUAAACUGGUGUGACGGUAUUAUUGCUGUUAAACAAUAUACAGAUGCAUCGCAAUAAGUGAAACUCGUAUAGAAACAUUACAAAAAGUUAAAUGUAUCUGGCUAUUAUUUCUGUUAAUUUUGAUAAUUGUGGCUUAUAGCAAUAAAGAUCCCAAAAUUCUCAAUUUUAGACAAUAGGAAUAAAACACAAGAGAAAGAGCAGAGUUAGUCUUAAGAGAACUUUGAAGCAAAUCCCAUAUUAGAGUUUAAUGGAGAUUCACUUGGUGGUGUUUACUUCACUGAAUUACAGACAUGAUCUUCUUAGAAAAAAAAAAAGAUCUUGCUGUUGUUCGGCUGUCCAGGGUCCCACUUCACAUGAAAGUCUGCUGGUAUUGGUCCAUUGUGUAGUUAUCAAGUCAAAGCCAGCACAGCCAUGGUCUGUAUCACAGCACUGAAAGAGUGAAUUGAAUUUUGGGGUUUUUUAUUAGCUGCAAACCAAACCAAGAUUAACAGAACUAUACACCUCAAUAUAUGUUACCCUGUCUUUUAGUAAAUCUUUAUGAGUUUCACUUUUUAAACUGAAUUACUGAAAUUUAUUUGCAUUUACAUGUUAUUGUUAUCACUGAGAUGUGCCUGUAUUAAAGUGUUUUUGGAUGUCUGCAAGUUGAUGCUAAAUUUUAAAAUCAUGCUUAUGAAGGAAGACUUGGUGCUAAAUUGGUUUGUUGCCAUCAGACAGAAAUUGUUGUGUAGUUGUUGCAGUAAUAAAUUAUUAUUGCAUUGUAUCCUUACUAAGGCACAUUAUAGGUAUUUGUCAAAUAACCUGAAUUAGUUGCAAAGAAGUCUACUACUUCAAUUUAGCUAAUUUUUACUUUUGAAGCUCAAAUCAUGAUGUUAAAAUUAUUUCUAAAUUCAAUAAUUAUGGUAAUUUCCUUUUUUUUGUCUCAAUUCUUUUGGGGGGAUCCAGGGUUUAAUUUUCACUUUAAGUACUGCAUUAACUCUGAUGAGCACAAAUCUAUAAAUUACACAUUUCAUCGGUCUAGUUUUGACUUUCACUAUUUUGGGUGGCUGGUGUUUUUCUGACUGCUGUUUAUUUACGUCAAAUCGCGGCGGGGGGAGUUUUUCUAAUGUAGAGCCUUCAUAAUGAAACCAUUCCAUGGCUACAGGAUCUCUGUGUUUGCCUGGAAGCUGCCUUGCCUGUUUGUUGACAAGGUUAAACGGACAGUUGCACUUCUCUGCUGUUCGCCAGAAUGGCUCAAAGAAACUGAUCCUCUUGGGCAUCGAGAUUAACACAUGUGCAAAGGCGGUUUGUGUCAGAGAGUAGGCGGCGUGAGGAGUGAGGAUUAGUUUGAGGACAUGAGUUUGAAGGCUACUUUAAUAAGGCCGGCUUUGACUCGCCCUGUCUCCAUGGAGAGCACUGGAGUGAAAGAAUGAGUGUCGGACGGAGACAGUAUCCGGCUGCUUGUUCCCCCUUGCUCUGAGUUUUCGUUCUUUUUGUGUGCGGUCUGUUGAAAUCAUUUAGCUUCAGGUUAAGAAGGUAUGAUUUCUGAUGGGGUUCAGUUCUAAGCAAGAUGUGCAAUAGGUAUUUAGCACUCUUACUCUUUUACCAAGGUAUUCCUCUUUGCCUUUGUCAUAUUUAUGCCUGUUUGUCUCCAAGGACCUGCAAUGUUUUUUCCUGGUGCCUGAAUGAUCUUGCAAGCAGCACUGACAGAAUAACACUUUUACCCAAAUAAGAGCUUCAGAAACCUGGUUUGGUUCCUGUUUUUUUGUUUCGUUUUGUGUUGUCUUAAAGAAAAAUGAAAACUGCUCGAAAGCACAAAUGUGCGAGCUCACAGCCUCAUUCUUAGUGCAUUCUGGAUCUGCAAGGAAGAUUCAAGCUUAGUUAAAAACUGAACAGAGUAAA